AAGUCCGAACGGCAAACGUGCUGGUCAGGUUAACAAUUAUGUGUUUGAAUUUCAAUUUACAACGCUCAUUUUCGGCCACAAAUCGAUUCGUUCCGACCACCACUUGAACUCCCUAAAGAGAUCAGUGCAGGUCCAAUUGAAAGUUGGUCAUGCCUGCUGUGUGGAUGUGGGUGUGGAUGCUCUUGGCGGUCAUGAAUCUGACACUCGGUCAAUCCAUUAGUGAGGAACCGCUUAAUGAUAACGAGGCAUCCAAUGGAAACACGGAAAAUUACAUUAAAGUCCAGCCAAAGUCGGCGAAAUUCCGAAGUACUUUAUGUACAAAAUGCUACCCCUUUCUGUACCCAAAGGACAAGUAUUAUGUGCUGCCCAAAAGGACAGGAACAAAAAAGCGUCAUAACGUUGUCUUUCUGAUGGAAGAUCGGAAAACGGGACGGACCAUCAAAGUUGCCUUUAAGAAUGGCCUUAAAAAUGAUAAAAAUGUUCGUGUUUUGAAAGGCUUUAGGAGCUUGAAUAGCCCAUGCCGGGAAAAGCCGGGAAGAUGCGUCUAUCGGCUAGUCAACCGGAAAACUUUUCGCACUUACAAAGUGGACUUCAAGACGGGGUUCAAGAAUAAAAAGAAGGUUAAUAUAAUAAAGCUAAUACCUUAAGGAUAGUAACAGAGCCAUAAACUGAAGACACUGAAAUUAAAUUAUAAUUAUUUUAAACUAUAUUAUGAAAAAAAUACAUUAAAGCAAAAUGUUUUAAGUUAA